AUGAGCACUUGGCUCGGCAUGAUCACCGCCUCGACCUUCUCCUUGAUCAACGGCGGUCGCGCGGGGACGAUAUGGAUCUAUGUUGGUACAUGGUUCUCCUCGAUUGCGGUGGUCGCGUCGAUGGCCGAGAUGGCAUCAAUGGCCCCGAGUUCAGGCGGGCAGUAUCGUACGUAUACUGCGUCAAGCAAGGUGGCAGUGGCAAUAUGGUAUAGAAGUGCUGACGAGACGGAUAUAAACUGGGUCUCCGAAUUCGCGCCACCCUCCUCCCAGGCAUUCCUGAGCUACAUGUCCGGCUGGCUCAGCGCGUUGGGAUGGCAAGCGUUCAUCGCUGUUGCUGCCUAUCAAGCGGGAGGUCUGGUCUUGACACUGGCUACGCUGAACAGUCCGGAAUAUUACUGCCUCAUGACCAUAGCGGUCUGCGUGUUCGCCAUUUUCUUCAACGCCUUUGGAGCGAGGAGAUUGCCGUCCUUUGAGGGCGUGAUCUUGCUCUUCCACAUCAUUGGAGCCUCCGCCCGCGAAGUCUUCACCGAUUUCGAAAACUACGGCGGCUGGGCUACCGUCGGUGGCGCGUGUCUCGUUGGCCAGCUCGCGGCAGCAGGGGCCUUCAUCGGCGCGGACAGUGCGGCACACAUGUCUGAGGAAGUCUCCAACGCCUCUUUGACCGUUUCACGCCUGAUAAUGGGGACAGUCAUCCUCAACGGCAUCCUCGGGCUCGUCAUAAUCAUAACCAUGGUCUUCUCGCUCCAGGAUGUAGUCACGCAAGUCGUGGACUCGACUGCGGUCUAUCCGUUCAUCGACAUUUUCGCCACAGCCGUUAGGUCCUACCCUGGCGCUAUUGGAAUGACGGUCCCUAUGGUCGUGCUAUCGAUCAGCUUCUUCCCGCUGUUUGCUCAGGUAAACGCGGUGACGAUGAACUGGGCUAUUGCUAUGUUUGGCGGCGUUGCGAUCUUGUGCGCCAUCAACUAUGUGUUAAACGGCAGAAAGGUGUACAAGGGUCCGGUUGUGUACGUCAAGACAGAGUAA